AUGCCAAACUGGAAGCUCGAAGGAUGCUGCGGAGAGGUCGAGGAGAUUAUCUUCCUCUCUCUCUAUGCGGUCUACUCACUCCUCACCAUGUUCACGAUGGAAAAGUCGGUGGCCAAACCAAUGAAGCUUAUUUCCGUUUUUAUACAUGAAAUGGGGCAUGCUAGUGCGGCGUGGAUGACGGGAGGACAAGUCGAUAAAAUUGAAGUUUAUGAGAAUGAAGGUGGUGUGGCACACUUUCGUGGGGGGAUUCGGCCCUGCGUCAUUCCAGCGGGCUAUGUCGGUGUUUCCUUUUGGGCGGGCAUCUUUGUAGCGCUGAGUGGUUCGAGAGUGGGAGCGACCGUGUCGGCCAGUAUUUUCUUGUUGGCCCUGUUGAUUUGUCUCACGAGAUCUCCCAAUAAACUUUUGGUCGGUCUAUGCAUUGGUUUCAUGUCCAUCACACUACUAUUCCUGUUGUUAGAUUGGUUGCUGGACUUGGAUCCAAUGAUUCAAUAUGUUACCUUGUUUUAUGGUGUUUUCAUUGGUUGGUACGGUAUCAUGGAUAUAUGGGACGAUACCAUCUCCCGAACGGUCGAAGGUUCCGAUGCAGAUGCUUGUUUCAAAAUGUGGCCUUGCUGCAUGCCAAGAUGUGUGGGACUCCAGUUUGCCUUUUGUGCCAUUGCCUUUCAAGCCGUGGGAUUGUACAUUGCCUUGGUCUCUCUACUCAAUGAUAAUGUGAUUCCACUCUAUCAACAGAAUGGAAACACCAACAAUAACCGAUUCUUGGUGCAAACUCAGUGA